AUGCGCGCGCAGAGGCUCCGUGCGCCCGCGGCGGCGCUGGGGCUGCUGCUGUGCGCGGUGCUGGGGCGCGCGGGCCUGGCCGCCGGCAGCCACCGUGGCGGCCGCGGGGCACCCGAUCCACUCUCGGCACUCUCGGGAGGGGUGUCCUCUGAGCGCCCCUGCCCUGCUCCCUGCCGCUGCCUCGGGGAUCUGCUGGACUGCGGUCGCCAGCGGCUCACGCACCUUCCGGAGCCUCUCCCAGGAUGGAUCUCUCGGCUGGACCUAAGUCACAACAGAUUAUCUUUCAUCAAGGCAAGUUCCAUGAGCCACCUGCAAAGCCUUCGAGAAGUGAAACUGAACAACAAUGAAUUGGAAGCCAUUCCAGAUCUGGGGCCAGUCUCUGCAAAUAUUACAUUUCUUUCCUUGGCUGGCAACAGGAUUUCUGAGAUAAUUCCUGAACGUCUCAAACUAUUUCAGUCCCUUGAAACUUUGGACCUGAGCAGCAAUAAUAUUUCAGAGCUGAAAGGUGCAUUUCCACCCCUGCAACUCAAGUUUCUGUAUAUCAACAGCAACCGAGUCAUGUCUGUGGAACCUGGUUAUUUUGACAACUUGGCCAACACACUCCUGGUGUUAAAGUUGAAUAGGAACCGGCUGUCAACCAUCCCACCCAAGAUGUUUAAACUGCCACAACUGCAGCAGCUUGAACUAAACAGAAACAAGAUUAGAAACAUAGAUGGCCUCACCUUCCAAGGUCUUGGUGCUCUGAAGUCUCUGAAAAUGCAAAGAAAUGGAGUCACGAGACUUAUGGAUGGUGCAUUUUGGGGGCUGAGCAACAUGGAAAUCUUGCAGCUGGACCAUAACAACCUGACCGAGAUUACCAAAGGCUGGCUUUAUGGCUUACUGAUGCUGCAGGAACUUCAUCUGAGUCAGAAUGCCAUUCACAGGAUCAGCCCUGAUGCUUGGGAGUUCUGCCAGAAACUCAGUGAGCUAGAUCUAACUUUCAACCACUUGUCGAGGUUAGAUGAUUCAAGCUUCCUUGGUCUAAGUUUACUAAAUACCCUGUCCAUUGGGAACAACAAAGUCAACUACAUUGCUGAUUGUGCCUUCCGGGGGCUUUCCAGUUUAAAGACUUUGGAUCUGAAAAACAAUGAGAUUUCAUGGACUAUCGAAGACAUGAAUGGCGCCUUCUCUGGGCUUGAUAAACUGAGACAGCUAAUACUCCAGGGAAACCGGAUUCGAUCUAUUACUAAAAAAGCCUUCACUGGUCUGGACGCAUUAGAACAUCUAGACCUGAGUGACAACGCAAUCAUGUCUUUACAAGGCAACGCAUUUUCCCAAAUGAAGAAACUUCAACAACUGCAUUUAAAUACAUCAAGCCUUUUGUGUGAUUGCCAGCUGAAAUGGCUGCCCCAGUGGGUGGCAGAGAAUAACUUUCAGAGCUUUGUCAGUGCUAUUUGUGCCCAUCCUCAGCUGCUAAAAGGAAGAAGUAUUUUCGCCAUCAGCCCAGAUGGCUUUGUGUGUGAUGAUUUUCCCAAACCCCAGAUUACGGUUCAGCCAGAAACACAGUCGGCAAUAAAAGGUUCCAAUUUGAGUUUUGUUUGCUCGGCUGCCAGCAGCAGUGAUUCCCCAAUGACUUUCGCUUGGAAAAAAGACAAUGAGUUAUUACACGAUGCUGAAAUGGAGAAUUAUGCACACCUCCGGGCCCAAGGUGGAGAGCUGAUGGAGUAUACCACCAUUCUUCGACUGCGCAACGUGGAAUUUGCCAGCGAAGGCAAAUAUCAGUGUGUCAUCUCCAAUCACUUUGGCUCUUCCUACUCUGUCAAAGCCAAGCUUACAGUAAACAUGCUUCCCUUUUUCACCAAGACCCCCAUGGACCUGACCAUCCGAGCGGGGGCCAUGGCGCGUCUGGAGUGCGCGGCGCUGGGACACCCGGCCCCGCAGAUCGCCUGGCAGAAGGACGGUGGCACGGACUUCCCCGCGGCCCGGGAGCGGCGCAUGCACGUGAUGCCCGAGGACGACGUGUUCUUCAUCGUGGACGUGAAGACGGAGGACAUCGGCGUGUACAGCUGCACGGCGCAGAACAGCGCGGGCAGCAUCUCCGCCAACGCCACCUUGACGGUGCUGGAAACACCAUCAUUUCUGAGACCUCUGUUAGACCGAACUGUAACCAAGGGAGAAACGGCUGUGCUGCAGUGCAUCGCUGGGGGCAGCCCUCCCCCGAGGCUGAACUGGACCAAAGAUGACAACCCCUUGGUGGUGACCGAGAGGCAUUUCUUUGCGGCCGGCAAUCAGCUGUUGAUUAUUGUGGACUCGGAUGUCAGCGAUGCUGGGAAAUACACCUGCUCCAUGUCCAACACCCUGGGCACGGAGAGGGGCAAUGUGCGCCUCAGCGUGAUCCCCAGCCCCACCUGCGACUCCCCGCAGCUGGCCGCCCCCUCCUUAGACGAUGAUGGCUGGGCCACAGUGGGCGUGGUGAUCAUCGCUGUGGUGUGCUGUGUGGUGGGCACGUCGCUCGUGUGGGUGGUCAUCAUAUACCACACAAGGCGGAGAAGUGAAGACUGCAGCAUCACCAACACAGAUGAGACCAACCUGCCUGCAGAUAUCCCGAGUUACCUGUCUUCUCAGGGAACUUUAGCUGAUCGGCAGGAUGGGUACGUGUCCUCUGAAAGUGGGAGUCACCACCAGUUUGUCACCUCUUCAGGAGGUGGGUUUUUCCUGCCACAACACGACAGUCCUGGGACCUGCCACGUGGAUUCCAGCAGUGAGGCUGACGUGGACACUGCCACGGACCCAUUCCUGUGCCCCUUUCUGAGCUCCUCGAGCCCUGUGUAUUUGAAGGCGAACGUGUAUGGCCCGGAUCCCUUCGAAGCCUAUCAUCCAGGUUGCAGCCCUGACACAAGGACAGCUUUGAUGGAGCACUGUGAGCCGAGUCUUCUGAAGAGGAAGGACUGCUAUCCAUGUCCACCACCUAUGGAAGAGUCUUGUGAACAGAGCUGUAGUAACGGAGCAUGGCCUUCCCACGGGAGGAAGCUAAUCAACCCCACGUACACCCAAAAUGAAGGGCCCAUGCUGAGAAGUCUAUGUCUCAACAAGUCUUCUCUAGAUUUCAGUACAAGUCUAGAACCAGCAUCUGUUCCUUCCAGUAAUUCUUUCAUGGGUACGUUUGGGAAGUCUCUGCAGAGACCACAUCUCCACGCCCCUCCCAGCUUUCCUCAGCCCUCAGAUUGUCAGCCCAGAGCUUUGCACUUGAAAACUCCCUCCUCCCCCAACCUGGACUUCGGGUCAGAGGUUGGUGAGAAAGAAAAUACAGAUUUUCAAGAAGAAAACCACACAUGUGCCUAUAAACAGAGCCUGGAAAACUACAGGACUCCAAAUUUUCAGUCUUAUGACUCGGACACAUAGACUGAAUGGAACCAAAGGACAGUUUCAACAUACUACCUCACACGGACCUUUAUUUAAAAGAGACAGAAUCUUAUGUUUUUAAAUGGAGUUAUGAAUUUUAAAAAGGAUAAAUUGCUUUAUUUAUACAGAUGAACCCAAAUUACAAAAAGUUAUAAGAAAUUUUAUACUGGGAGUAAUUUUCUUAUAAGAAAUACCUUUAAAAAUAUUUUAUAACUUUGUUUUAUGCAAGAAAAAAGUAUCUUAUGUAAAUUAAUGGUAUAAAUCCAUGACUAUUUUAUGUAUUUUUAUAAUGCCAGAUUUCUUUUUAUUGAAACAUGAAUACUAAAGCCUUUGAAAUAGUACCUACCGCCUUGUACCUUUUUUGAAUAGACAUCCCUUCAUUUUUACUUUUUUGCACAUUACAUUUAAUAAAACAUAUCAUUUUG